AUGGACGAACCAGCAGCACCGGCAACGGACGCCAGGAGCGAGAAGGCCCAGGAGGAGGCUGGCGGCGGCGGCGGUGGCGGCGGUGGCGGCGGCCGCUUGAAGCGCGCGGCAGAGCACGUGGAGACCUUCUGCGCGCAGACCUCCAUCCACGGCCUCAAGUACAUCGGCGAGCGCCGCCGGCCCUGGCCCGAGAGGUUGGUGUGGGCGCUGGCGUUCGCGCUGUCGCUGGGGGCGAGCGCCGUGCUGAUCGGGCGCGCGUGGCGGCGCUGGCAAGACUCGCCGGUCAUCGUGGCGAUGGACGAGCGGCUGAGCGCCGUGUGGGAGGUGCCCUUCCCGGCCAUCACCAUCUGCCCCGAGACGCGCGUGCGCACCGACCUCUUCAACUACACGGACGCGCACCUGCGCUGGCGCUGGGGCAACCUGUCGCGCGCCGAGUUCCAGGGCUCGGGCGCGUACCUGUCGUAUGGCGCGGGGCCCGAGGCGGAGGCGGAGGCGGGGGCGGCCGAGUGGAGCCCGGACGACGGGUACGCGGCGGGCGCGGGCUUCGAGGCGCGGCCGCGGCGCGCGCUGGGCGCCGGCGCGCUGCUGGGGCUCACCGUGAUCCAGCUGCACAGCCCAGCCGAGUUCCCGCGCAUGUCGCAGCAGUACUUCCGCGCGCAGCUGGAGCAGGACGUGGUGGUGGCGGUGGCGCCGCAGGUGAUGCGCACCAGCCCCGAGCUGCGCAGCUACCUGCCGCACCAGCGACAGUGCUUCCUGGCCGGCGAGCGCCGCCUGCGCUUCUUCCGCGUGUACUCGCAGCAGAACUGCGCGCUCGAGUGCCUGGCCAACGCCACGCGCCGCGCCUGCGGCUGCGCGCCCUUCUACAUGCCGCGUGAAGUUAACGAAACAAUAUGUGGAACUGCUAGUUGGAAAUGUGUACAAGAUGCUAGAGAUCGACUACUGCGACGCGAGGCGGAGCAGGGCCUGCGCGGCGACAUUGUGGGCGAGGGCGAAGGCGAGGGUGACUGCGACUGCCUGCAGUCGUGCUCCGCCCUCGCCUACACCAGCGAGCGCUCGCAGGCGCACUUCGACUGGGCGCGCAUGCUCUACGCCACCGGCGAGGACGUCGACCACUCGCACGGGUGA